GCCCGUGUGCCCAAGGCAAACGACAAGCUUUGUGCUUUGAAGGGACUUGAGGGUCACUCGGCCUGUCCUCUUGUUGCUUCGCCCACUUCUGCCUACUCCAUCCCUUAUCCCAAAAACACCUCCGGACUGGGAUGCAGGCCUUCCUCACGUCUCACUCUGCCUGCUCUCCACGGACCCAGCCUCCCCCACACAUGACAGUCCCUCCGUGUGCAGCCCUGUCACCUCUGAGGCCAGCUGCUGACAUCCCACCGCCCACAGGACAGUCCCAGGCUGCCCCCCAGCUCCUCCCACUCCACUUUCCAGAAGCAGAAACAUCUCCUCGCCUUGGGUCCUCACCUCGGAGAACUGUGUCCUAGGUUCCUCCCGUCCCCUCCUCCUUCCCGCCGGUCCCAAUGCAGCCACACACAGAGCCUCGUGCCACCAGGCCCUCCCUGGGCCUGCUUAGCUGGCAAUGGCAGCGAGGCCCAGCCCGGAUGGCCUGGUGCCCUCCUCCACACUAUCUGCCCAUGCACCCGGCCUUCGGGCGCACCCCCAGGGUGAAAGCAUGUGCAGAAAAGCUGUCCGCGUCAGGAGCCUGCCCCUCCCAGCCUGUGACUCACUCAUUCUGCACUUGCCAUGCUCUGCCCGCCUGCCAGCCUCCCUUCCUGCCUUAGCUUGUGCCCUCUCCUCUGCUUGGAAUGUCUUCACCCUUUCUUUGCCCGGUACUCUGGCUUCCAGCAGUCAGCUGACCGGUGUUUUCUGUGUGGCCAUCUGAUCAUGGACAUGAUCCUGCAGGCCCUGGGGAAGUCCUACCACCCCGGCUGUUUCCGCUGUGUCAUCUGUAACGAGUGCUUGGAUGGGGUGCCCUUCACCGUGGACUCAGAGAACAAGAUCUACUGUGUCCGCGAUUACCACAAGGUGUUGGCCCCCAAGUGUGCAGCCUGCGGGCUCCCCAUCCUUCCACCUGAGGGCUCAGAUGAGACCAUCCGUGUCGUGUCCAUGGACAGAGAUUAUCACGUGGAGUGUUACCACUGCGAGGACUGCGGCCUGGAGCUCAACGACGAGGACGGCCACCGCUGCUACCCCCUGGAGGACCAUCUAUUCUGCCAGCCCUGCCACGUCAAGCGGCUGGAGAAAGGCCCCCCGCCCGCGGCCCUGCACCAGCACCACUUCUAGCGGAGCCUCUCCCAGACCGCGGGGCGGGGAGAGGCCAGGGCGCAAAGGACAAGUCCGCCUGUUGAUUCUGGGAGUGGAGUUGGGGGGGCGGGAGGGGGGGAGGCGUGGCCAGCGAGUGCCUGCGCGCAUGCGUGGGGCCCUUUCCUUUCAACCCUACGGGUCUGGAGUGUGUAUUUCCAAGGGCCUUGCUCGCUGCCCUGCGCGCAUCAGAACGCUCAGGAAGACGCUGCAGCAAGCGGGCGGCCUGAGACGGGAGGUGGUCGCUUCAGAGGGCAAGGUGUGCACUGAGCGUAUUUCAUAAUAUCUUGGGAGAGAGGGUCCAGCUGCCGAUGCAUUCAACCCUCCCUCUCCCUCCAGGGAAAUAUUGCACCCCACGUGUUCUCCCCGCCCCCCACGCGCGCGCACAGUGAUUUAGGGCUUCCUUCCCCCGCAGAGCUUCAUUCAGUGGAAGGGCUGCAAAUUGUAAUGGUGUUAGGGCGAGAGGGAAGCCCGAACACGUGCUCUGCAUCUUAGGGAGCAUUUUCUAGGUGAACCAGAGCCAAUGCCGAAAU